GUUGGUCAUAUGGAAAACAGCUGGCGAUAAGAAUUAGUUCAUUCGCUGCAGCUUUCCGAAACUACUUCUGAUAAACAAAGUGAAUUAAAUGUGGAAAAAUGUCGCGCUUCAGUGGAGCAUUGCAAUUAACUGAUCUGGAUGAUUUCAUUACUCCAUCACAGGAAUGCAUCAAGCCGGUACCCAUAGAAAAGAGCAAAUCGAAAACUGGUGCUAAAAUUACGAUACAGGGAGAUGGUUAUUAUGAAGAGACUGCGGCUGGCAAACAGAAACUGCAAAAAGUAGAAAUAACACUACAAGAUUGUCUCGCAUGCUCUGGUUGUAUCACAUCCGCCGAAGGUGUACUUAUUACCCAACAAAGUCAAGAGGAGCUAUUAAGAGUGCUACGCGAAAAUGUCGCAUUGAAAAAUCAAAGUACCAGCGAAGGUGUACGUACAAUUGUUGUAACAAUUUCACCACAACCUGUGAUUAGCUUAGCGCAACGAUACAACUUAAAGCCAGAGGAGGCUGCUAAACACUUAAGCGGUUAUUUUCGUUCGCUCGGUGCGGAUUAUGUGUUGAACACAAAAAUAGCUGAUGAUCUGGCGUUACUUGAGUGUCGUAAUGAAUUCGUUGAACGUUUUCGUGAUUCUACAAGCGCUGAUGCAGCUGCCGCAACGCCGUUGCCAAUGCUUUCAUCUUCUUGUCCGGGUUGGGUUUGUUAUGCUGAGAAGACACAUGGUAAUUUCAUUUUGCCUUACAUUGCUACCACACGUUCACCGCAGCAAAUAAUGGGCGUACUAGUGAAACAAUGGUUAGCAAAGAAGUUAGAUGUUCCAGCAGAACAAAUAUAUCAUGUAACGUUAAUGCCAUGUUAUGACAAGAAGUUGGAAGCAUCGCGUGAGGACUUUUACAGUGAGGCGAAUAACUCGCGUGAUGUGGAUUGCGUUAUUACGACAAUCGAAAUUGAGCAAAUGCUUUUAAGUGAUGAUACGCCGUUACCUACAUAUGCUCCAUCGGAGAUCGACUGGCCAUGGAAAAUUGGUAGGCCAGAAGCUUCAAUAUGGGCACAUGAAUUUUCUACUUCAGGUGGUUAUGCCGAUCACAUCUUCAAAUAUGCUGCUAAAGAACUCUUUGAUGAAGGUGUGGAAGUACUGGAGUAUAAAAAUUUGAGAAACCCAGAUUUCCGUGAGAUCACGUUAGAGCGUGAUGGUCAAGUUGUACUUAAGUUUGCUAUUGCUAAUGGUUUCCGUAACAUACAAAAUUUGGUACAAAAGCUUAAACGUGGGAAAGCACCAUAUCAUUUUGUUGAGGUCAUGGCUUGUCCUUCUGGUUGCAUUAAUGGUGGUGCACAAGUACGACCACCCACUGGUGUUCCAAUACAUGAAUUGAAUCAACAGCUAGAAGAACUUUACAAACAAUUACCAAAAUCACAACCAGAAAACGAAGAUACCAGACAAAUUUAUAACAAAUUCUUCGAUGGCGCACAUACUGACAAGGCAAAAAUGUUAUUACACACAAGCUACCAUGCAGUGGAGAAAAUGAAUACUGCGCUAAAUAUUAAAUGGUAAUAGUAGUUAUGAUGACAAACGUAGUUACUCUUUAGUAUUUGUUUAUAUAUGGAGUUACGCUUUAAAAGUUUAAAAUAAUAAAUGCGUGCAUGUGGUGAUUUAUUAAAUUAAAAUUGUUA